GUUUGUGUAUAUAUAUUCAUUUUCCUCUUUCAUUACUUUCAGACACAAACAAAAGAAAGAUUUUAAACAAAUAGAAAAGAGAGUGAGGAGGACGAUGAAGUUCGGUAAAGAAUUGUCGUCGCAAAUGGUACCAGAGUGGCAACAAGCUUAUGUUAGCUACGAUUAUCUCAAAACACUUCUCAAAGAGAUCAUCAGAGUCAAACUCAAAAACAACCCUCCUCCUCCCCCUCCUCAACAUCACGCGGCCUCCGGUGAAGGACUUAGCCGGAAAAUGACUCUAUAUCGAGCUUUUAGCGGUCUCGUCCAAACGCCGGGAAAGAAAAGACAAAGUCCCGGGAAAAUCAGAUCUUCUUCAGAAACCGACAUUGAAGAAGGUAAAGCUCCGAUACUUGUCAACAAAUCGAAUGAUGGAUUAGAGACGAUGUUUUUGAUGACGGCAGAGGAAGGAGGAGAAUAUGAGUUGGUGUUUUUCCGGCGACUAGACGAUGAGUUUAAUAGAGUUGAGAAAUUCUAUAAAGAGAAAGUGGAAGAAGUAAUAAAUGAUGCGAUUAUGCUUAAUAGGCAAAUGGAUGCUCUAAUUGCGUUUCGGGUUAAGGUUGAGAAUCCUGUUGGGUGGGGAUGGGAGGAACGGACGGUGGAGAUGACUCGUUUGGCCUCCGAUGUCGCUACUUCCACGGCGGCGAUUGCUGCUUCUACUCCUAUGAACCCUCGAGCUCAAGCUCGCAUGGAGGCUAUACAGGAAGGAGGCUCCAGCAGAGCCAAUCAAACCGACGAAGUUUCAGACCACGGCGGCUCCGUCGGCAGAGCAACCGGCGAGGCGAGAACAAGCAGCUCGAGCAAGAUGAGAGCUGCGAGGCCAGCCCCAAUCGAGGUUCUGGAUCACAUCAAGAUCAACAACAUCAAGGAAACGCCUCGGUCCACCAUUAAAGGCGUUCUCCGUAUCUCGAGCAAUGAUGAGAUCAAAUUCAGUAGAAACAAUCUGAGGGAAGUCGAAGAGAAGCUCAAAUUCGCCUUCAUCGAGUUCUACCAGAAGCUUCGUCUCCUCAAGAGCUACAGCUUUUUAAACGUGUUGGCGUUUUCGAAGAUACUGAAGAAGUAUGAUAAGAUAACUUCGAGAAAUGCUUCGAAGCCUUACAUGAAGAUGGUUGAUAACUCGUAUCUCGGAAGCUCUGAUGAGCUCAUGAAACUGAUACAGCGUGUUGAAGCAACGUUUAUAAAGCAUUUCGCAAAUGGUAACAGAAGAAAAGGAAUGAACAUCUUGAGACCUCAGAUGAAAAGAGAGAGACAUCGACUCACAUUCUCCACAGGUUUCUCUGCUGGAUGCGUGUUUUCUCUUAUAGUGGCUCUUGUCGCCAUCAUACGCACCCGGAGAAUAUUUCAAAAGGAAAGCCACAAAGAUUACAUGAUCUCUAUGUUCCCUCUCUAUAGCUUGUUUGGGUUUAUCGUGCUUCACAUGACUAUGUAUGCUAUUGAUAUAUACUACUGGAAGCGUUAUCGAGUAAACUAUGCCUUCAUAUUUGGGUUCAAGCAAGGAACCGAACUCGGUUACAGACAAGUUCUGUUUGUGGGAUUCAGCAUUGGAGCGUUUGCGUUGCUUUGUAUUCUUGGGAAUCUUGAUAUGCAGGCAGACCCCAACACCAAGAACUACAAGGCUUUAACCGAGCUUCUUCCUCUUUUCCUUCUUGCUGCUGUGUUUGUAGUUUUAAUCUUGCCACUCAACAUUCUCUACCGUUCGAGUCGCUUCUUCUUCCUCACGUGUCUAUUUCACUGUCUUGCUGCUCCUCUUUACAAGGUAACAUUACCCGAUUUCUUCUUAGGAGAUCAAUUAACUAGCCAAGUACAAGCUCUUCGAAGCAUCGAAUUCUAUAUAUGCUACUACGGUUGGGGAGACUUCACACGAAGACAAAACACCUGCAAAGAUUCGAACACCUACCAAAUUUUCUUCUACAUUGUUGCUGUAAUCCCAUAUCUAUCUCGCCUCCUUCAGUGCAUGCGACGAAUGUUUGAGGAAAGAAGCUUAGAGCAAGGAUACAACGGGGUCAAAUACUUGCUGACAAUAGUAGCUGUUUGUUUAAGAACAGCAUAUGGUUCUGAUCGCUACAAGAAUCAUAAGUUUCUCCUGCAAGUAUUAGCUGGUGUUGCCUCAGUUCUUGCUGCUGUUUUCUGUACGUACUGGGACUUUGUCCAUGACUGGGGCCUUUUGAAUAGAAAAUCCAAAAACAGAUGGCUUCGAGAUAAACUUCUCGUCCCACAUCAGAGAGUAUACUUCAUUGCAAUGAUCUUGAACGUUGUGUUGAGGUUCGCGUGGUUGCAAACGGUAUUGAAUUUCGAAUUUAAGAUACUGCACACUCAGACGGUGCUUGCGAUUGUGGCAAGUCUUGAGAUUUUUCGCCGUGGGAUGUGGAAUUUCUUCAGGUUAGAAAACGAGCAUUUAAACAAUGUUGGGAAGUACCGAGCUUUCAAGUCUGUUCCAUUACCGUUCAACUACGACGAGGACGAUGAGAAAGAGGACUAAACUGUUUGCAGAUGAAGUUUGAAAUUUUUCUUAUACAUGUUAGCAGAAAAAUGAAUUGUUUGUAACAAAUUGUAUUAGUUAGUGUCUCUAUAUUAUUGAUUCAGAACCUAAGAAGAAGAAAAAAACAUUAUUUUUUGUAUAUAUAUUGAGUUAUGCCUAAGUCUAGUUCAGUUAGG